AUGAUACACGAUGAUGUUGGAUUUACACCAGCUCAAAAAUUCUACUAUUUACGGUCAAGUGUUAGUGGCCAGGCGUUAGACCUUAUCAAUCACAUAUUCGAUCUCUCUCUCCUGGAAUCUCCAUAUGUAGAACAGCCGAGGGCUAAAGACCUGCAAGCUCUACAUCCCCAUGUAAGCACCCAUGUUGCAGCUUUAAAGGCGCUUGAUCAGCUAACGGAGCACUGGGAUGCGUGGCUAGUAACGAUAAUCGUCAGUCGUUUGGAUUCUGCUACUAGUCAUGCCAGUCGAUGCAUAGCUUUCGAGUCUUCCGAAACAACUUCUGGACCAAUAAGAGAUAUCAGAACUACAUUGGCCGGUGAAACAGCAAAAAAGAGCAAUGCCAAAAAUGUAUUUCCUGAGACAAAGCGAUCUUUAGUGGCAUCAUCCAAUACAGUCUCCUGUCAAUACUGCACUGUUGCUCAUAAAUUGUAUCACUACGAGAAGUUCAAGGUCGCUACUAUAAACACACGUCUCUCAUUUGUUCAGGAAAAACGAAUGUGUUUCAACUGUUUGACUCCUGGGCAUAUGGCAAAUUUUUGCAGAUCCACUUAUAGUUUUCGGACGUGCAACCGCAAACAUCAUUCGUUAUUACAUCAAGAAAGGCAGCAACAAAUACCAGAGAAGGAGCAGCUUGAAAAUAAGCAACCUGAUAUAAAUAAGCAACCUGAUAUAAGUCAGCAGCUAUCUACCUCCGGAGUCGUAGUAUCUGCACCAGUACCAGUGAAUACCACCGCAGAAAAUUCACACGUAUUUCUUGCUACAGCAUUAGUCAUGGUUCAGGACAAAAAUGGUGGACAUCGACAGUGCAGAGCCAGCUUGGAUAGUGGCUCUCAAGUCAACUUCAUUUCAAAGAGAUAUGCAAACUUACUGCAGCUAGCAUGUAAGAAGUCUUCAUUGACAAUAAGUGGUAUUGGAGACAAUCGUUUAAAGGCAAGGUCGUGCAACUUUCACCGUCCUCAAAGUGUUGACCUACUUAUUGGAGGUGGCUCGUUCUUCGACAUUUUGGGAACAACAAAAAUACCAUUGAAUAUAGGUUCAGUCACGCUUUAUGAGAGUAACUUUGGAUGGCUUGUAACGGGAGAACUGCCUAAACGCCAAACACCAACACUUUUGUCAAUUGGACAGACGAUAGAGGAGGAUUGGAAGGUUCUCGGAAUCGUUGAGGAUACAAGCUAUGGUCGAACAUCAAGGACGAAUAAGAGAAGUCAAGAAGAGCUAGAAACAGUGCAACAUUUUAAGCAACACACAAUACGUGAUGAGGAAUGGCGUUUUGUUGUACGACUUCCCAUCAAGGAGACAAUCAGUGAAAUAGGCGAAACCUUACCUAUGGCGAUCGCACGAUUCUUAAAUGUAGAGAAAAGAUUGCAGCAUGACGAACACCUGAAGAACGAAUACAUACGAUUUAUGAAUGAAUAUAUUAAGAUGGGGCAUAUGGUUGAAGUACUGGAAAAUUCAGUUCAAACGCAGAAUCACUUCUAUCUGCCGCACCAUUCAGUAAUAAAGGCAUCAAGUUUAACGACAAAGGUUCGAGUGGUUUUCGAUGCUUCCGCCAAGAGCGCAUCUGGUGUCUCUCUUAACGACGUUCUGAAAUGCGGUCCUACUGUUCAGCAAGAUUUAUUUUCUAUACUUGUUCGCUUCCGUAAGCAUCAAUUUGUCUUAACUUCCGAUAUAGAGAAAAUGUUUCGGCAAAUCAAAAUCGCAAGAGAAGACUGA